GGCCGACGCAGCCUUCCGACACUGACAGGAAGGGAAAUAAAAUAAAUACAUCACCAUGACCUGAACGAAAUGAACUGUCCAGACAAACAUUCUCUUCCUUCUCCUUGACCCCCUCCAGUCAAAAUGCAUACCGUCGACCUGGACAGCGCCGACCCCGUCGACGUCAUCUGCUAUCUCAACAAAUCCGACAACGAAUAUGACGGGCGUCUAGGUGCCCGUAUCUCAGCCAUCUUCGUCAUCCUCGUCGUCUCCAGCGCCGUCACUUUCUUCCCUGUCCUCGCCAAACGAAUCCCCAAACUCCGCAUCCCACUCUACGUCUACCUGUUCGCGCGCUACUUUGGCGCUGGUGUCAUCGUUGCUACAGCAUUCAUCCACCUGCUCGACCCUGCUUAUGGCGAGAUUGGCCCUCAAACAUGCGUGGGCAUGACGGGUGGCUGGGCAGACUACUCCUGGUGUCCUGCCAUCGUCCUCGCCUCGCUGAUGGGCAUCUUCCUGCUUGACUUUGGUGCUGAGCGCUACGUGGAGGUCAAAUACGGCAUCUGCAGAGAAGAUCCAGAGCCGAUCAUGACCGAUUCUGUUGGACAGGCACAAGGGCAGCAGGUCAAACCCGCGCAACCCGCGGGCGAGGAGAGGAAACGGUCGAAAGACUCCUCGCUGGAGUCCCAGUCGAUGGAGGAAGUGUAUAUCGACCGCUCCUUCAAGCAGCAGAUUGCCGCAUUCCUGAUCCUCGAGUUUGGCGUUAUCUUUCACUCGGUGAUUAUCGGGUUAAACCUGGGCGUGACCGGUGACGAGUUUGCAACUCUCUACCCCGUUCUCGUCUUUCACCAGUCAUUCGAGGGACUGGGUAUCGGGGCUCGGAUGUCGGCCAUCCCGUUCAGGAAGGGGAGCUGGUUGCCUUGGAUCCUGUGUGGAUUGUACGGAUUGACGACUCCCAUCUCGAUCGCUAUUGGGCUGGGUGUGAGAACCACUUACAACUCUGGUUCGUUCACUGCGAACGUCGUCUCUGGUGUGCUGGAUGCUAUCUCUGCGGGUAUUCUGAUCUACACUGGAUUGGUUGAGUUGCUUGCGCGUGACUUUUUGUUUGAUCCUCACCGUACGCAGGACAACAAGAGGCUUACGUUUAUGGUUAUUUCGAUGCUUUUGGGGGCUGGGUUGAUGGCUCUUUUGGGCAAAUGGGCUUGAUUGUAUCAUAAGUAAUUUUGUAUCUAGACUGCUUGGACAUGGAUUGUAUGGACCUGGAUUUAAUAUUGUUGAUACCUGGAUGGAAAAAUGGAUUUUGCUUUGUUAUUCUAAUAUGUAAAAACUCUUUCAUGAUUAUACAGACAUUUAGGCAUCGGGAUGUCCGAAUUAGGAAAUAUGGCUGCGGAUGGACAUUGGCCGGGGGAAAAGAAGUCACAGCACCAAUAGAGUUUAACCGAUUACACAAACAAUCUGGUCAUAGUCUAAUGCC